AAGUAAAUGCUACAUCACUUUUAACCAAAUCUUCCAGCUCUCGGGGACAAAAUGAAGACUUCAGUUAACGGAUUAUAUUUCUUUUUAUCAGCCUCUGUAAUCAUAAGCACGGUUUAUUGCGAGAAUUAUGCGCAACAUUGGAACGCCAAUUUUUCUGAAGUAAUCAACAAGCGAUUUCAUGACCUGGAGACAAAACAAAACAUUUGUGAAAACAAAAUUGAAAGGUUGGAAGCAGCAUUGCAAGGACACAGAGUACAUAAAAGAUCCCUCAAUGGUGGAAAUGUUGCUUUUUCUGCACGCAUGUCUGCAAAUCAAAAUCACAUCGGUCUUGGCCAGACAAUAAAGUAUGAUUACAUUUUGCUGAAUGAUGGAAAUGGUUACAGCAUGCACACUGGAACUUUCACUGCUCCAACAGAUGGAGUGUAUAUGUUCUCCUACUUCUUUGGCCAUGGCUAUCACAUAGGACAGAUAUGGUUGGAACUAAUGCACAAUGGUGACAGGGUAAACGCUGCCGUAACCGACGCAUUUCAUGACUGGCAAGAUUUGCAAGGAGGAAAUGUCGCGAUAAUACAAGUUCGCACUGGAGACAGAAUCUGGGUACAAGCAUAUCAUGCAAACGACGCUGAAAUAUACGGAGAAGAAGGGUUCACAACUUUUUCUGGUACCUUGUUGUAUUGAGGGAAUUGAAGUGUUGCAUCACACAAUUUUAAAACAAAGGAACUCAAUAUUUCAAUAUGAAUGUGUAUUUUGAAUAAUGUAGUUAUAUUCAUUACAAAAUUCGAUUCACGAUUUAUAGAUCAUAUUCUGAAAUAAAUAGUUCUCGUGCA